UUUUCCUUUCGUUGCAAAACUAAAACCCCCACUCAUUCACUCUCUCUCUCUCACAACACCUGCUCUACAACCCCACUCUCAAGUCUCUCUCUCUCUCUCUGCUUCAGUUGCAGAGAAACAAUGGCGAACACCACCCAUUUCAUCGGACGUUUAGUUUUCUCUCUCAUUAUCCUCCAUUUAUCUGUUCUUGAAGCUUCUUUGAACUCCGAUUUGGAAGCUCUAAUGGCGUUCAAAGCAAACUCUGACACAACAAACAAGCUCAUCAACUGGAACUCGACCUCCCACCCAUGCACAUUUACUGGGGUCUCCUGUAUCCGCAACAGGGUAUCACGUCUCGUUCUCGAGAAUCUCGGUCUCCGAGGCUCCUUCGAACCACUCACCGCUCUAACCCAGCUCCGGGUUCUGAGCCUCAAGAAAAACCGUCUCUCGGGUCCCAUUCCCGAUCUGUCUAACGUCACGACCUUGAAACUGCUGUUCCUAUCCUACAACGAUUUCUCCGGCGCGUUUCCGGCGUCUGUAGCUUCGCUCUUCCGGCUUUACCGUCUCGAUCUGUCUUUCAACAACUUGACGGGAGAGAUUCCGGCGGCUGUCAACCGUUUGACCCACCUGCUGACCCUCCGGCUCGAAGAGAACAGGUUUUCCGGUUCCAUUUCGGGUCUGAACCUUCCGAGUCUGCAGGACUUCAAUAUUUCCGGGAACCGUUUCUCCGGAAAAAUACCCAAAUCUUUGUCGUCUUACCCGGAAUCCGCGUUCGCUCAAAACGCAGCCCUAUGUGGAUCUCCAAUGCAGAAUUGUACGGAUAUUGCGAGCGACCCGACCAGACCCGGAUCCGAUGGAGCCGUAGCAUCGCCAUUAAUUCCGAACACCAACCCAACGAUAGUAGCGUCAUCGCCGAGUUCAUUACCCAUGAACUCAUCGCCUCAGAAAUCGUCGAGCACCCACCGCAAUGGAACAACGAAAAUAAGCCCAAUAGCACUGAUAGCCAUUAUAGUCGGCGAUGUUUUGGUCCUAAUCAUAAUCUCUCUCCUCCUCUACUGCUACUUCUGGCGGAACUACGCCGCCAAAACCCGAGACGGGAAGGGCUCGAAGCUCCUCGAAAGCGAAAAGAUCGUCUUUUCUUCAAGCCCAUACCCGGCCCAACCCGGGUUCGAGAGGGGACGAAUGGUGUUCUUUGAGGGAGUGAAACGAUUCGAGCUCGAAGACCUGCUCCGAGCAUCGGCGGAGAUGUUGGGAAAAGGAGGGUUCGGGACGGCGUACAAGGCGGUUCUAGACGAUGGCAACGUUGUGGCGGUGAAGAGGCUUAAAGACGCGCAGGUAGGAGGGAAGAGAGAGUUCGAGCAGCACAUGGAGGUAUUGGGUCGGCUUAGACAUCCCAAUAUUGUCAGCUUGAGAGCUUAUUAUUUUGCGAGGGAAGAGAAGCUCUUGGUCUAUGAUUAUAUGCCCAAUGGAAGCCUAUUUUGGCUGCUUCAUGGUAAUAGAGGACCUGGUCGAACCCCACUUGACUGGACCACGAGGCUAAAGAUCGCAGCGGGAGCGGCACGAGGUUUGGCUUUCAUUCAUAACCCCUGCAGAUCCCUUAGACUCACCCACGGCAAUAUCAAAUCCACGAACAUCCUAAUUGACCAAAUGGGUAAUGCCCGGGUCUCGGAUUUCGGACUAUCCGUAUUCGCUUCUCCACCCGCCACCUCAUCUGGUCCACGAUCCAACGGUUACCGUGCGCCCGAGUCAAUGGACAGUCGAAAACUCACGCAGAAAUCCGAUAUCUUCUCCUUUGGUGUUCUCCUUCUGGAGCUGCUGACUGGGAAAUGCCCAUCCGUGGUGGAUAGCAGUGGGCCCGGGUGUGGCUAUGGUGGGGUCGUGGACCUUCCUAGGUGGGUCCAGUCCGUUGUGAGAGAGGAAUGGACGGCUGAGGUUUUUGAUCUGGAGUUGAUGAGGUACAAGGAUAUUGAAGAGGAAAUGGUGGGACUGUUGCAGGUUGCUAUGGCUUGUACAUCGCCUACGCCUGAUCAACGCCCUAGGAUAAGCCACGUUGUCAAGAUGAUCGAUGAGAUACGUGGGGUCGAGGUGUCACCGAGUCAUGAUGCGUUGGACUCGGUGUCCGAGUCACCUUCUUUGUCGGAGGACACGUGUGGAACGAGUCAGUGAAAGAAGGGUUGACAGUUGAGAAUUGAGCAUUGAGAAGAGGAGCUUAUUAUGUAAUGCAGUACCAACUACCAACGACAGAAGUGGAAGCAUGUGGGAAUGUAAAAAAUUUUCCCUUUUUGUUUUUGAAAACUGUUUUUGUUUCUUAUUUGUUGGUGUUUUUGCUUUAUAAUUUUGAGGUAGUCUAUGAUUUGAGGGAUGUUAAUACAUGAUAUAGAAAUGAGUUUACAAGACUGAAAAAAAGAAA